AUGACUCUCAUAAUGUAUAAACACGAACAUCAUGGACAUUCUGGAGUUCAGAGGCUUAUGAGCCAUCUUAGGGAAAAUUACUGGAUUUUGAAGUCAAGAAAAGCUAUUAAAAAAGCUAUAAAGUCCUGCAUCAUUUGCAAUAGAUUUGAUGCAAAACCGGUUUCUGUUCAGGAGGGCUUAUUGCCUCAAGACCGUGUGAGAGAUGCUGAAACUUUCGAAAUCGUAGGAUUAGAUCUAGCUGGACCUGUCAUCCUUAAAGAAGAAAGAAAGGCUUGGAUUUUGAUCCUAACUUGCGCGGUUUACCGUUCAGUCCACCUCAAACUUUUAACUUCAGUAUCAACUGAAAAUUUCCUACUAGGUUUGAGGAGAUUUAUGGCACGAAGAGGUCGACCAUCUGUCAUCUAUUCAGACAAUGGUACAAAUUUGAAAGGUGCUCAUCGUCUACUGAAGGAAGUUGAUUUCGAUAAACUGAAGAAUAUUGAAGAACUAAGUCCUAUUUCUUGGACUUUUAUACCUUCAAAUGCCCCCUGGUGGGGAGGGUUUUGGGAGAGACUUAUCGGCCUUAUGAAGCGGAUUUUAAGAAGAACUUUAAGAAAGACAUCUUUAAAUCAUGAAGAAAUAAACACAGUUCUUUGUGACUGUGAAAGAGUAAUGAAUUCAAGACCACUUAUUUAUGUUUCGGAAGAUGCCGAAGAUUUCGAACCCCUUACUCCAGCAAUGUUCCUGCACAAUAUUAGAGAAACCGGCGUGCCUGAUUUAGACCUAAUUGAAGAAAGUAAGUUUAAUAAAAGAUUGGCCUAUCGAAACAGAAUCCAAAAGGAUCUAAGGAAACGUUUUCGAUCGGAAUACUUGGGACAAUUGCGAGAAAUACAAAAGGUAAAAAGAGAAACUGCUUUAUGUAUUGGAGACAUCGUUUUGGUUGAAGAUAAUACCAAAAGACUAAACUGGAAUUUGGGGAGAAUUUUGAAACUGUUUCAAGGAAAAGACAAUAGAGCUAGAGUAGCUCUAGUUAAAACCAAGUUUGCUUCUUUUCUGCGUCCUGUGCAGAAAUUAUAUCCACUUGAAGUGAGCGAAAAGGAUAAACCUGUUGAAUACAAUACUAAUUCUCCUCUAAUUUCAGGUGCUUAUAGACGAGAGACUUUUCCCAUCUCUUUAGAUAGGAAGACUUCUCUGAUAGAGCCCCCUGAUGGUCUUCCACUUCCUUCUUAUGAAUCUGACUGUGGAACCGACAUGAAGCCGAUGAUGGAUUCUUCGCUUCUCCCUCCGAAUGAAACUUCUCAUCCUGUCUUACCUGACGGAACUGAACAUUUGGAACCAAGACGAUCCCGUUAUGGACGAUUGCUGAGACCUGUCCAAAGACUAUGA